AAUUAACAUUAUUUAAUUUAAUAAAAUAAUGUUAAAACCUCUCUCCCAAAUUCAUCUUUAAAAGCUCGAAUUUCUCUGCACUUCAAAAUACCGCACAAGAAAAUUGAACCACUGAAGAAGAUUUGCUGCUGAUUUACGUUUUUUCUUAGCCUCAGCGCAAGAAUUGUUUUGCAGGAUAAACGACAAUGUUAUCAAAGUCGACACAUUUACGUUCUUUGUCACAGAGACAUGCUCAAUUGUGUUUGAAUCGUUUUAAACAAGAUUGUCGUAACGACAGCAAUGGAGUUGGUGCACUACUGCACAAAACAUUUUGCACUGCUGCUGAGCCACUUAAAGUUGAUGACUCACACACCACCAAAGCUGAGUCACCCGAGCUUCCUGGUUGGGUUAAGCCUUCUGGUAAGGAUAAACCCCCCACCAAAUCGGAUGAUGAUGAUUUUAUCCCUCCAUCGGUAUCUUAUUGGAUUGAGAAUCACAAGAUUCGUGUUCAAGAUAUCGAUAUGAAGAGCAUAGUGAACGAUAUUGUCGAGACUGAUCUUGAUAAAAUCAGCAAGGUUCUGAAGAAUCAGUUCGACUCCCCUGACUCUGUAGUGAAAGCAUUAGAAGGCUUUGAUGUUGACAUGUGCGAGAGUUUGGUUGAGCAAGUAUUGCGUAGAUUCAGCUGCGAGUGGAUACAAGCUCUCGGGUUUUUCAAAUGGGCCGAAUCACAAGAGGGGAUUAAACAUUCGCCCGAUAUAUACAACUUAAUGGUUGACAAUUUGGGGAAGAUGAAGAAAUUCGAAGUCAUGUGGGGAUUGGUUGAACAAAUGAAAGAGAUGGAAGGGUACAUCACUUUGGACACAAUGACUAAAAUCAUGAGGCGUUUGGCAAAGGCUGGUAAGUACGAAGACGCCAUCGAGGCAUUUCGAAAAAUCGAAAUCUUUGGAGUAGACAAAGAUGUAACAAGCCUGAAUAGAUUGAUGGAUGCAUUGGUAAAGCAAGGAAGUGUAGAGCAUGCAGAACGAGUCUAUUUUGAGUUCAAGAACCACAUUCCUCCCACUAAGCAGACUUUCAACGUGUUAGUGCAUGGUUGGUGCAAAACCAGGCAGAUAGAUAAGGCUAAAGAAACUAUUGACGAGAUGAAAAAGUACGGAUUUGCCCCUGAUUCAGUUACUUACACGAGUUUCAUCGAAGCCCACUGCCGCGAGAAGGAUUUUCGCAAAGUUAAUGAUACUGUAGAAGAAAUGCAGAAGAACGGCUUUGCUCUUAGCAUAGUGACGUAUACCAUCUUGAUGAAUGCGUAUGCGAAAGCAAAGGAAAUAGAUAAGGCAAUGGAGAUUUACGAGCAGAUGAAUAAGAACAAUUGCUGCCCCGAUUCUUCGUUCUACAACGUGUUCAUUAAUUCUCUGAGCAGAGCAGGCAGGCUAAAAGAUUCCGAUGCUGUUUUUGAGGAUAUGUCGAAGCAGGGAGUUGCGCCAGAUGCAUCGACCUAUAAUACGCUUAUAUUUCUCGCUGCACAAGACUUGCAAGAAGAGAAGGCUCUAAGUAUACUACUGAAAAUGGAGGAAAAUAAGUGCAAGCCCGAUAUUGACACUUACGCACCGUUGUUGAAGAUGUGCUGCAGGCUGAAGAGAAUGAAGGUGCUUUCGUUUUUGUUGAGGCACAUGUUUGAGAAUAAUGUGAGCGUUGAUCUUGGAACUUAUUCACUUUUGGUGAGUCGACUCAGCAGGAAUGGGAGGCUUGAUCGUGCUUGUUCGUUUUUCGAGGAAUCUGUGAUGAAGGGGUUUGUGCCGAUGGAUUGUACGUUUGAGAAUCUCGUUAAGGAACUCGAGAAGAAGGGUAUGGAGAAAGAGAAGCAACGAGUUGAAGCAGCUAUGGCACGAGCUAAAGAACAACCUGGAUUAUUCGCGCAUUGAGUAACAAAAGAUCCUAGGAUUUUGCGACUAGUUUUUUUUUUCUUCAUGUUUAUCAAUCAUCACUGUGUUAAUGAAUGCUGUGAGGCACUUUUCAUGAAUGAACCGUGAUGUCAUGUAUCGGUUUUUAACUUCUUAUUUAUGGAUCUUUUUUUAUCGUUUAAGUACAUGUCGAAUUGAGUCGAGUGCAUGAUUGUUCGGUCUUUGCUUAAGUUUUCAUCGAGCUU